UAGCAAACGUCCGGUUUCGCCUGUUGAACCAUUGGCUGAAUAAAGCUGCAGCGCCGUAAUAAAAACGUAACAAACUCAUCCUUAGGUUUUAAAAUUAAACUUACUUUCGGAAUAACAGUAAAUACAAACAUCUUAAUAAAAUAACCCGAAUGCAUUUACCUACGGUUAUUCUUGGGGUUUGCUGGUUGUUAGUUUAAACACUAGGCACGGAGGGGGUACCGCGCCCCCACUCUUUAAGCGUCGCUGAUAGACAUUACGGUCGUUAACUUUUGCGGGUUUGGCGAGUAGUUCAUGUUGUGCAAGUAUUGGGACAUUACAUAGGAUUUCGGAAAGAUUUCAUGAAGACUGAAUGAUAUAAAAUGUCUAGCCUUUGGAUGGGCAAUUUGGAGCCUUACAUGGAUGAAAGGUUCAUUUCCCGUGCUUUCGCCACUAUGGGAGAGCAGGUAGUUGGAGUGAGGGUCAUUCGCAACAAGAUGACUGGGGACCCCCUAGGGUACUGUUUUGUAGAACUGAGAGACAAAGCUACGGCAGAAAGAUGUCUUCGCAAAGUCAAUGGCAAACCGCUUCCAGGAGCCACACCGCCCAAACGUUUCAAGUUAAAUCGAGCCAAUUAUGGGAAACAGGGAGACAGCAGGUUUGUUACUUUCUCUUUUACUCCUUGCCUUUUACUGCAGGUUUGUUACUUUCUCUUUUACUCCUUGCCUUUUACUGCAGGUUUGUUACUUUCUCUUUUACUCCUUGCCUUUUACUGCAGCCAGUCGUUCUCUCUCUUUAUUGGUGACCUGUCUACUGAGGUAGACGAUGGAAUGCUGUAUGACUUCUUCCUCAGCCGUUACCCCUCCUGCCAAGGAGCUAAGGUACUGUUGGAUACCUUGGGUAACUCCAGGGGCUGUGGGUUUGUGCAGUUCCCCAGUCAGUGUGACCAGAAGAGAGCACUUAUGGAGUGUCAGGGGACCAGGGGGCUAGGGGCCAGGCCACUGCGGCUAAGUUUGGCUACAAGUAAGAUAAGCAAAAGUAGUGCAUCAGACAAACCCUGCCAGACGUACACUUAUGCCUGCAAUGAUGACUACAACUACAGCUAUACCCUCCAGCAGUACCAGCAACUUUACUCUAAUUACUAUUCAGACUGGGCCUACAGCCACGCUGUAGAUAACUAUAGCUACAGCUAUGGGCAGACUGACUAUACGCAGAACUCCUCACAGACAUUUGAAGAGAUGGUAGAUGAAGAUCUGGAGGACCCCCGCACUGAGCUGGACGUGGCAGAGACCAACCGACAGUUCAUGGAAGAGAGCGAGGAGCUGUAUGAUGCCCUAAUGGAUUGUCGCUGGCAACAGCUGGAUGACCAGGAAUAUAACUGUAUGACCCCCUACAGUACACUGGAGUGGAUCCACACACUAGACGUGUAACUCUCAGCUGGAAUACCUGAUACAGUGAUAGGAGUUUAUGGUAUGCAGACUUUUCCAGGGGGAUACUUUGAUGUCUGUAAUUUGUUACCACCCUCCUAUCUGUAAGAACAGACAGAACUUAAACUGUCUUUUUGCAUUAAUGGUGCAGUUACAGGUGUGUUUAGGAAACCAAGCACUUGAUCAUAGAAUCAUUUUAUGUAGGAGUGGUGUAUAGAAUUUUUUGGAACUUUUUUUUUUUUAGUUUGCCAGUGGAUAUCAAGAAGAGUAAAGAAGACUGUUUUUUUGGAGGGGGGGGGUUUGGUGGGUUAACUUCCAGGGCAUUGAGAGGAUGGGAUGUACGGAUUGAUAUAGUCAUCAUCUCACACUCUAAUGCCAAGCUGACAUUCACAUGACUGCUGGGCUACACAAUGUGAUGCUGUACAGAAUGGGCCAGGCGGGUCUCGAGUUCUGAUUGGACGGCACCUGCCUGGUUUCGGAGUGAUUGCUUUCUAAUUUUUCCAUUUAUUUAUCUUUGCAAGUUCAGUGGACUCCUAAUAAACUCCCAGUGUCACUUG